AUGCCCAUUCCCACCACAACCCGUGAAUACCGCCUUCCCAAGGUCGACGGUUUCCACAAUCUAACCAUACGCGAGGCUUCCAUCCGCCCACCAAAGUCGUCUGAAGUCCUCGUCAAAGUCCACGCCGUUUCCCUGCAGUAUCGUGACCUCGUUGUGGCAAAGGGUCAAUACCCCCUUGGCCAGAAAGACAAUGUCGUCCCCGGCUCCGACAUGGCCGGCGAGAUCCUCGCUGUAGGCGACGAGGUAAAAGGCUGGUCCGUCGGUGACCGCGUAUGCGCCAACUUUGCCGUCGACCACAUCUUCGGCGAUGUCACCGAGGAGAUCAAGCUCACCGGUCUCGGUGCCCCUAUUGACGGCGUUCUGACGGAGUACAAGCUCCUUCCCGCCCACUCUCUCGUGCGCGUCCCUGAGCACCUCUCGUACGAGGAGGCAUCCACCUUGCCAUGCGCCGCCGUCACUGCAUACAACGCACUCAUGGGCCCGAACCCGCUCAAGGGCGGUGACUACGUGCUCGUGCAGGGCACAGGCGGUGUGUCCAUCUUUGGUCUGCAGCUCGCCGUCGCCUCCGGCGCGACGGUCAUCGCGACGUCCUCGUCGGAUUCCAAGCUGGAGAUCGCAAAGAAGCUGGGCGCGAAGCACCUCAUCAACUACAAGAAGACGCCUGAUUGGGGGAAGGAAGUCUUGAAGAUCACUGGCGGCAGAGGCGUCGACCACAUCAUCGAGGUCGGCGGCCCCGGCACGAUCACACAGUCCGUCCAGUGCAUCCGCUAUGCGGGCUCUGUCCAUGUCAUCGGCUUCGUCGCGGGCGCAGGCGACGUGAGCCAGCUGCCCUUCCAAGUACUUGGCAAGGCCGUCAUUCUCCGUGGCAUUCUCAUCGGCUCGCGCACGCAGUUCGAAGACAUGAACAAACUCAUUGCCGCGUCGGGCCUCAAGCCCGUUGUCGACAAGGUCUUCCCAUUCGAGGAGACGCGGGCCGCGUAUGAGUAUCUCGACAGCCAGAAGCAUGUCGGCAAGGUGGUCAUCAAGGUCGCGAAGGACUGAGUGCCUGCGCUUGCGACGAGACGAAGCAGUAAUGUAAGAACCAUGUAUGUACAUCUCAAUCAUAGAUAGUUCCCUCCAUCCAUGACAUGUCCUAGUACGACCAGCCAUUUCCGACCC